AUGUGUCUCUACCUCUUUUUAGUUGGCUCUAAUUUCAUAGGUAAGUGUUAGAACAGACAGCAAACUCCAACCUCACCUGCUGCUUUCAGCAGAUAUUUGGUCAACAUUUCACAAGCAGAGCUUGAUCUGAGUAAGCUAACAUUUUCAGGGACUGAUAGACAUUUGCUGUUUGAAGAAUCUCUCAAUGAUCCAGGAUAACAGAUGAAGUAAAGGACUGUUUUUCAGUCUCUAGGUGUCAGAGUCUCUUCUAACUAACAUGAAUUAUACUCCUUUUUCAGCCCUGGCCUCCAUGAACACCAUAAAACCAGUCAGCCCUGAAGAAACUGUUAAAGAGGGCACAAACAUCAACCUGACCUGUACUUAUGAUGGUGCUAUCAACAAUGUCCAAUGGUACAGACAAUACCAGAAAUCCAGACCAGAGUUCCUGCUCUAUAUCACAGAGUACGGAUUAAUUCAUCCAACUGACUCUAAUUUCCCAGCUUACAUUGAUAAAGACAAAAAACGUGUAGAUCUACAGAUCUCCUCUGCUGCAGUGACUGACUCUGCUGUGUACUACUGUGCUGUGAGGCCCACAGUGACAGGAAACACCAAAACUCUCUACAAAAACUCAGGCUGACACUGACAUGUUGCUGAAAGCUUAUACUAACAUAGUUGACUUUGUCCUUUUACCUCCACUAGAGGGCCACAUCAUCUCAUAGGUGAUGCACUAGCUCAACACUGAGUUCAGCCAUUCUGUCAAUAUGAAGUGCUGCUGAGAAGAAAAGUUUAGUCAGACUGACAGACUGAGCAACUUCAGCUGGUUCCUCCUGUUGAUUUAAUCCUUGUUGUAGAGAUGGAUCAUUGGCUGUGGAUCAUUCUGGCUGCUCUUUUCUUUGGUAAGAAAACUCAACAUGUUUCCUCUCAACACUCUUUCUACACAGUUACACAUGAACGGAUCUUUAUUUGGCUUCUGCAAAUUUACACUGAAACCUACUGAUGGUUCUCCUACAGUCUCCUGAGUUUAUUGAUCAUCUCUUCUUCUGCUUGUUUUCUUCUUCCUCAGAGUGUAAAGGAGAAGACUCAGUGACCCAGACAGAGGGAGAAAUCUUUGCUUUUGAAGGACACACAGUUACACUCAACUGUACAUUUGAGACAAGUUAUGGGACUUCCACUUUGUUCUGGUAUCGACAGGAUCUUCAGGAUUUCCCAAAGUACAUGCUGAGAUGUUUCUCAGGAACAACAGAAUUUGCUUCUGAGUCUGACAAAGACAGAUUCAAUGCGACAAUAAAGGAGAAAUCAGUAAAUUUGGAGAUCCAGAACCUUCAUCUGUCUGACUCUGCUGUGUACUACUGUGCUCUGAGGCCCACAGUGACAGGAAACACCAAAACUCUCUACAAAAACCAUUGA